AUCAUCAUGUUCGUCAGGCCCAAGUUUGACGCGUCCAGCGCGGACCUGCAGCGGUCGGAGCGGGCCAUUGUAUGCAGGGCUGAGAGGCUCUUGAACGACGCGUCGGCGGAGGUGAAGGCGGCUCACCCGGGCAUUCAGUUGGAGUCUAUGCUGGGCGAGGGAGACCCAAGGGACGUUCUCUGCAACCGCGCCAGCGAGGACUUUGUCGACUUCAUCAUCGUCGGCAGCCAGGGCAAGACCGCUCUUACGAAAGCAAUGAGGGGGAGUGUGUCCCAGCACCUGCUGCACCAUGCGCCAUGCCCUGUGCUGAUUUACCCACCGUCACGCGCCAAGGUCCUCACUAACGACUUCAAACGCGAGGUGAACGAGAUGGCGACGAAGAGCCACCCGAACCUGGUGCGGCUGGUGGGGUACUGCCUGGACUUCAGUCCUGUGACUGAGAGGAUGGAGCAGAUCGUCAUCUACGAGUUCAUGGCCAACGGCGACCUCGAGCAGUGGAUCGGACCCUCCGCAAAAGAGCCUCUCACGAUCCGGCAGCGGCUGGACAUUCUCAUAGGCAUGGCUCGUGGCCUCGAGUAUCUUCACGAGUUUGGGGUGGUGCAUCGCGACAUCAAGCCCGCCAACGUCCUCCUCGACGACAAGAUGAAGGCUAAGUUGGCCGACUUUGGGCUGGUGAGGCAUGGAGAGGGUACUUCUGUGGCUGCCACUCGAGUGAUGGGAACACCAGGCUACGUGGACCCUGCCUACUACAAGUCACAAAAGGCCACUCCCAUGGCUGAUGUGCACAGCUUUGGAGUGGUGAUGCUGACAGUGCUCACGGCACGCAAGGCUAUCUGCAACUUAGAGUCAGACCAGGUCAACCUGAAGACUUGGGUGACUCCUCUCGUUGCAUCUAGCAACGUGGCAGCCUUCAAGGACCCUGACUUAGAAGCACCGGAUACCAUGGUACUACGAAUGGCUCGUCUUGCCAUAAGCUGCACUGCCAUGCCCACUGCGACCCGCCCCUCAAUGAGUCGAGUGCUGGCAGAGCUGAUGGUUAUUAAGGAUGAGUUCCUAGGCCUAGAGACCAAUAGGAUGGCUGAGCGCAUUGAUAGAGAGCUAGACGCCUCGACACCACAAGACUUUGAUGGGGAGCUAGCUCGCAUCGCAAGCAUCAAGUCCUAUAGUGGAAUGUGAGCUGCUGGAUGGCUUAUAGAUUUUCAAUCGCAG